AUGUGGCCCCACAAGGAAGGUCUAGGUGUCCAGCUAAGCUAUGGAGUAGAUGGUAAUGCUGUACUUAAACCAAAAUCAGCAGAAACUGCAGCAACGCUUACGGAUUCCACAUUGGCAGGUGUGACAAAAUCAAACCUUGCAAUGAGCAUGCUAGACUUCCCAAGACUUCAAACAGAUCAUCCAACAUUAACUCAUGUACACGGUGCUCGUAAAUCUCUUGUACCCCCACAGUCAUCUAGCUUUGACCUCACUUCCCGAGCCUAUAAUGAUCUUAAGAGUGUCUAUAUACCACAAGAAAUUCUCCGCUCGUUUCUGAUCGAGGCAGAUACUUUAACUGCACCUAUAGUAUACGACCCAGCAAUUGGUACACUCUUUCAAACGCAUGAAAUACGUACCAAGAGAGGUAAUAGAUAUACAAAAGUUCUCGCAUACGUAUCAGGAGAGUCUGGAACCAUUCUAAACGUCUCGAGCAUUUCAUCAACUAAGAAAAACAUUAUACAUAAUCAUCGCGCUGUUGAAGAAGUACUCAUACCAAGCAUUGAUUCCCCAUUUCAAGUAGAGUUUUCAGAACCAAUCAAGCAAAUCCAUUUCAGUUCUCUCGUAACAGCUUUUGAUUUUGUUCCUUCAUUUUUACUUAUCCGAACAGAAUCCAAUGUUUACAUCUUGAGUUGUUUCAGCAACAAAAAUACAAAUAAAAGUAAUAAUAACAUUAAAAUCAAUAAAAAUACUGCCAAUAUUAGCAAUGCAGACAAUGAAAUUGAACUCAAUAUUAUAGAGACAAUUAACUCGUCACAAUUGAAGGGAUACAGUUUUGCAGAUGUUUCAUUUAACCCUUGGGAUUAUACGCAAUUUGCUGCAAUCGACGUGAAGGGAAAUUUUGGGAUAUGGAAUUUCCAAUCACGGAAGAAAAUCGUUAGAAAGGUCAAAUUACAAAGUACAUCACUGGUUUAUGAUGCCAAGGAACUAUCUAAUUGGAAACGUAUUUCUUGGUCCUUCGAUUCUAACAAUAUUUUUGUCGCUACCAGAUCAUCUCUUACCCAAUUUAGCAUUGUUCGAGAACUUAUUCCAGAAAAGCUUAUUACAUUGGAAAGUUGGUCACAUUUGUUGGACAUUCAAAAAUGUGAACAAUAUUCGUUUUUACUAACAUCCAAGGAAUUAAUAUGGCUACUGUUGGUUGAUAAACCAGUCCAAAGGUUAAUGUCAUGGAAACAUUUCCUCGAUGAAAGCGACCCAUCGUUGAAAUUAACAGUAAGUGAAAUUGGUGAUAAUGAUGGCGAUAAAUCAAACAAGACAUUUUUAUGUAUGGUUUAUUCUCAAGUGUCUUCUUUAAUUUUUGUAUAUACGUUUGGAUUAAAGAAUGGCAAACCAUAUAGUUUACAUGAUCCAUAUUAUCUUCGUCGUCAAGGUCCAAUCAAGGGAUUAUACUUGACCAGACUAGAUAAAUCGUUUUUUCAUCCCUUUAACGAUGAAACUGAAUCUAAUGAUUCAUUGGACAUGAACAUUAGCAAGAGUGCUACAAAUAAAUUCACAUUAGGAUUAUUUGAAUUAUCACCGGAUUUAGCACUUUCAAUUGAUAUCCUUAAUAAUAGAGUUGGUUGUGAGGUACUGGGUCAUUCCGCAAGCAGUAAAGAAAGUUCACCAAUUGACCAAAAAGUUAUUCUGACUAAGAGUUCGUUUUUCAAGAAAUUUAGGAAAAAUGAUUUUGAACAAAUUGCAAAGGGACUAAUAAACAAUACCGCACUUGAUAAACAAGGAGAUGAUGUGGCCGAUGUCCAAGAAUAUGCAUACAUGCUUGGAAGAGGAAUCACUGAAUUAACGGAAGGUGGAGACAUCAUCCCCAUAUACAGAUCAUUGCUAGAAAUAGCUGAAACAUCUCCAUCUGUUAUCAAUGAUUUAUCAGAAUUUGAUACAAUGCUUGAACAGUUAGCAAACUUUUUCAAAGAACAACAAGUAUCGACCGCCAACUUCACUAAAAAUUCACUUUUACAAAAACUAGGACCAUUUAACAACUUAGCGGUAAAUAACGUCUACGAUUUAUACAAAGUGAUGUGUCAUUUAUAUUUACAGGAUCCACUUAAAAAAUAUAAUACAGACAACCAAGUUAAAAGGGCAUCUCUUUUACUUGGAAGUAGUUUGUUCAAGGCUAAAGCAAAUGCAGAAAAUUCUUCAACAUAUUUCCAAAAUUGCUAUGAUGAAGAACUUUCAAAGAGUUCAAAUAAAAUUCAGAACAUUUUAGGAAAUUGGCAAGUUGAAAACGUGGGAGAUUCCAAUGAAUGGGGGUCAUCCCAGGCAACAAUGCCAGAUUUAAUAUCAUCAUCUAUACCACAAUUGAGACGUGCAAGUUCCAAACGACCUAGACAUUUAUUACGUUCAUCACAACCUUCACUUAGAAACCGCUCGUCUCAACCGUUACAACGUACACAAUCACAACUCAGAACUCAAGUUACGAGUUCUCAACUUUCUCAAGUUGUGGAUCCUUCACUUACACACCAGGAUAAUCAAAGAUAUAAUAAUAUGUCACAGCCAGUAAUUGGGUCAUCUUCACAACUAACAAGUUCACAACUACCUGAUUCUCAACUCGCAACAUUCAAUGGGUCACAAAUCACAUCUUCACAGGUCACGACAGGAAAACGGCCAUCACAGGGACUACGCCGAGUCAAAAAGAAGAAGAAAGGGGGGUUUGCAUAA